AUGCAUACCAUUGCUGACUACGAGUUGGACACGAGUCGAGUGGUGGCCAACAUAGACAUCGACUGUUUUGGAGUGCAGUUGGCUUUCCAGGACUGGGAGUUCAUAUCAAGCCAUCCCUGCGCCACACGAAACAAAGGGGUUAUCAGUUCGGCCAACAGAGAGGCCAAGAGGUCUGGUGUUUAUCAGCGGCAACGCGUAAGGGAUGCCCUCGAAGUGUGUCCGGAGUUAGAGCUCCGGGACGUAACCACACUUCCCCUCCAGAUAUACGAGCAGAAGUCGGAUCAGUUGCGAGAUGUGGUCAACCGAUAUGUCAAUGGAUCGCCUGUAGAGCCCAAUGGGACGGACGAGCUGUGCAUCGACUUGACUGCCGAGUGCUAUCCAAAUGGGAACCGCUAUCACGACUGGAAGCAACUCCAAGCCAUCGGAGCUCUUGUCGAGACAUCAAACGGACAGUACGUUUAUGGCACUGAACGGUGGCAUCAGUGGUCGCCGUUCGCUAAGGCGGUGCUCAUUGUCUCAAAGAUACGCCAAGAGUUUGAGGCGACCACUGGUCUGAAGUGUUCGGCGGGAAUCAGUUAUAACAAGUUCUUAGCGAAGAUCGCUUGCAAUCACAACAAACCCAAUUCGAUGACUGUUUUGAUGAGCAAAUCGGGAAUCGCCAGAGUCUUCGAGACUACGCCCAUCGAUUCGGUCGAAGGGCUCAGAGGAAAGUUGGGUCAACGCAUACUACAAGAGCUCAAUGUGUCUAAUCUGAUAGACCUCCGAGAAUACUGUCUGUUAUCAUUGACUAAUCGAUACGGCGCUGAUGGGGGUCAGGCGUGGCAGAGGGCGUGGGGUAUAGACUGCCGGCCCGUUAUCCACUUUGUGGGCGCCAAACAGAUUGCAAAGAUGAAGAGUUAUUACCCGAAAGCGAUGGACUCGACGGACCUCUCGGACGACGUGAGACAAGUGUGCAAAGCGUUUGUCGACAAAUUGAACGCUGAGUUGCGGACCAACGGCCGAGUGGCCCGACGUAUGCGAGUCGAGUGCUUCCGAUGGGACGGACACUCCAAUCAUUGUGUCUUCGAUGUCGGCCUCGACGCCCGUAUGAGCUAUCAAUUGGAGGACAUCUACGACGAGGUCAUGGAGUACAUCGAUCUCAACCAAUGUAACUCUGGAUUCCGAGUGUCGGCGCUGGAUAUGUAUUACGGGCUGGACUGUGGUGUAAUGGAUGAGUGGCACCGGUACUCAUCUAUUCGCGCGUAUAUUGUGUGCAUGCAGUUUACCAGAGAAACAGUGAACUGGUGUCAAAUGGCCCUGAUGAUGCCUGUUGAGUUGACCUGGGUUUCCCUGCUUGUAUCGACUCACAGCAAAGGUCGAUACAAAACAACACCCACAACACCGCUGUAUAUGAAUUGUUACAUUAAGUUUAAGGUUUAA